CUUCAACCUCUGAAACUCUUUCUUCCCUCCUUCCUUCCUUCCUUCAACCUCCGACAAUGGGGAAGAAAUCAAACUCCGACAAGCCCUCAAAAGACACGACAGAAGACAUCAACCUCCUCAAAUCCGAAGUUGCUUCUUUCGCUUCUUCUCUCGGAUUAUCCACUUCCCAAUCCAAUUCUGGUUUCAAUGAUACCGAUUUUCGCAAAACCAAACCAAACAAACCUCAAAAGAAUCAAAAACAGCAACAAACACCUGAAAAAACCACACCCCAAAUUACCCAAAACCCUAAAAACAAAACUUUUACCAAAAACAACGAACCCCAUGAAAAAUCCAAAUCAAAACCCGAACCAAAACAAAAAUCCGAACCUAAACCCAAACCUCCUGUUCUGUCAUUGAACGAUGCUAAUAAGGAGAAAGUGUAUAACAAGUUCAAGAAUCUUCCAAAGGUUCCUUUGGUGAAAGCAAGUGAAUUGGGUGUUUGGUUUGAGGAUGCUGCUGAGCUUGAAGGUAAGGUGAUUGGGGAAGGGAAGAAAGUGGAGAUGAAGAAUUUGGAAGAGUGGAAAGGGUUUGUGGAGAAGAAGAAGGAAAUGGGUGAGAGGUUGAUGGCACAAUUUGCUAUGGAUUAUGAAUCAAGUAGAGGACGUAGUAGUGAUAUUAAGAUGUUGAUUUCUACUCAGAGGUCUGGUACUGCUGCUGAUAAAGUGUCUGCAUUUUCUGUUUUGAUUGGUGAUAAUCCUGUUGCAAAUUUGAGGUCUCUUGAUGCUCUUUUGGGAAUGGUGACAUCCAAGGUCGGAAAGCGCCAUGCCUUAUCAGGUUUCGAAGCACUUCAAGAGUUAUUUAUUGCAAGUUUGUUACCAGAUCGUAAAUUGAAGACCCUGAUACAGCGGCCACUUAAACACCUUCCAGAAAAUAAGGAUGGUUACUCCCUUCUACUUUUCUGGUAUUUUGAGGAAUGUUUGAAGCAGAGAUAUGAACGAUUUGUUGUUGCACUUGAAGAAGCAUCCCGAGACAUGCUACCUGCUCUGAAAAACAAGUCAUUGAAGACCAUAUAUGUGCUACUGAGUAGGAAGUCAGAGCAAGAGCGAAAACUACUUACUGCACUUGUUAAUAAACUUGGGGAUCCAGAUAAUAGGGCAGCAUCUAAUGCUGACUAUCACAUGUCCAACCUUUUGUCUGACCACCCGAAUAUGAAGGCUGUGGUUGUUAAUGAGGUGGAUUCUUUUCUCUUUCGGCCUCAUUUAGGACCGCGUGCACAGUACCACGCUGUUAACUUUUUGAGCCAAAUUCGUCUCACGAAUAAAGGAGAUGGACCAAAAGUGGCAAAACGUCUAAUUGAUAUAUAUUUUGCACUGUUCAAGGUUUUGAUCACUGGCCCAAGCAGCAAUGAGAAAUCCGAUAAAAGCGGUAAGGAAAAAGCAAAAGAGAAAAAAUCAGAAAGUCUACCAGAAUCACACGCGGAAAUGGACUCCAGGCUUCUGUCAGCUCUCUUAACGGGAGUGAAUAGAGCAUUUCCUUUUGUCGCGAGUGAUGAAGCCGAUGACAUCAUUGAUGUCCAAACACCAGUACUUUUCCAAUUGGUUCAUUCAAAAAAUUUCAAUGUAGGAGUUCAAGCAUUGAUGCUUCUUGAUAAAAUUUCAGCCAAGAAUCAAAUAGCCAGUGAUCGAUUUUACCGUGCUUUGUACUCCAAACUCCUGCUUCCAGCUGCCAUGAAUACAUCAAAGGCAGAAAUGUUCAUUGCACUUAUUCUUAGAGCAAUGAAAAGGGACGUUAAUUUAAAGCGAGUAGCUGCAUUUUCGAAACGCCUACUGCAGAUUGCACUUCAGCAGCCACCACAAUAUGCCUGUGCAUGCCUUUUCCUUCUUUCUGAACUCUUUAAAGCCAGACCACCGUUAUGGAACACAGCGUUGCAAAAUGAGUCUGUUGAUGACGAACUUGAACACUUUGAAGAUGUUAUUGAAGAAACUGAGAAGGAAACUGCUAAGGAACCUGUAACUGUAGCAAAUAAACAAAGUGAUACUGUACUUGUUCAGAAUGGCGGUGUUGCCAAUUCUGACACAGAUUCUGCUGGAAGUGAAGAUGAUGAUCAUCCAGCAUCUUCUGAAGAAGAUGAUGAUGAUGAUGAUGAUGCUUUAGAGGAUGUAGAUUUCUUGCUUGCAAAGAGUAAAACGAAACGUAAAAAAUCAAAGUCCGUAUCUGCUGAUAAUGAAGUUCAGCAAUCACAGGAGUCUACCAAUAAACCUUUGUUGCCGGGAGGCUAUGAUCCACGACACAGAGAGCCAUCUUAUUGCAAUGCUGACCGUGUAAGUUGGUGGGAGUUAAUUGUGCUUGCUUCACAUGCACACCCUUCAGUUGCAACCAUGGCAAAAACUCUUCUUUCUGGAGCCAACAUCGUCUAUAACGGAAACCCGUUAAACGACCUCUCUUUGACAGCUUUCCUAGACAAAUUCAUGGAGAAGAAACCAAAACAAAGUACAUGGCAUGGUGGUUCUCAGAUUGAACCUGCCAAACAGAUGGAUGUUAACAACCUCUUAGUAGGGUCAGAGAUUCUCUCACUAGCUGAAGCAGAUGUACCACCAGAGGAUCUUGUCUUCCAUAAAUUCUAUACAGUGAAAAAGAGUUCAACUUCAAAAUCAAAGAAAAAGAAAAAGAAAUCAGCUGAUGAAGAGGGCGCUGAGGAGUAUUUUGAUGCUGCUGAUGAUGAUAUUGAUGGUGGUGAUGAAAGCGAUAAUGAAGAGAUUGAAGAUCUCUUGGAUUCUGCUGAUCCUUCUUUGGGACCAGAUGGUGACUUUGAUUAUGAUGAUUUGGAUAAAGUAGCUAAUGAGGAUGAUGAUGAUGACUUGAUUGGUGAUGUUAGUGAUGCUGAGAUAGAUAUUCCCUCAGAUAUGGAAGAGGAUGAUGCUGAUACUCCAUUUGCUGCUGAUGAUGAUGACAAUGAUAUUGACAUAGGUGAUGUUGAUGAUGCCUCUGAUGAUGAUGUUGAGGAUCAAAAAGUUGACAAAAGAAAAAGAAAACGUAAAAGUGGUGGCAAAAGUGGUGCAUCUCCAUUUGCAAGUUAUGAAGAGUUUGAGCAUAUACUUGAAGGUGAUGAUGAUCUUACUGAGAAAAAACCUUCCAAGGAUAAAAAAAACAAAUCCAAGAAAAGAAAAAAGAAGUCUGAUCAAUGAAGUAUCUCUAUGUAACUUGUAUUAUUUAAAGUUGUUUUUUUUUUUUACAAGUUUUGCCUGUGGCUGUUGUUGGCCAUGCAUUGUUAAAGUGCUCUUUUUGGCAGUGAGUCAAAUUUCUAUGAUAUUGACAUAAAUGUUGUCAACAUAUUUUUGGUGCUGAAAAUCAAAUUUUAUAUAUUAUUUGGGAAGGACAA